AUGCCUCCCGGCUGCCGCACCAUCGCCUUCUCGCAGUGGGGUGGCUUCACUGCAGCGCCCGAGCAAGUCACACCGACUGAAGAGCUCAAGGCCUCAGACCUGUACAUGGAUCGCGGGAUGACAUCCACCUUCAACCCUCCGACGUCCGAAUGGUGUUAUCUGGGAGUGAACCAGCCAAAGCCAGACCCCAGAUACAACGCGCAGCCCAUUCCAGAUCUUCGCAAGCGCAAGCGGAACUCAUCGACCAGCAUCGCGACUGUGAGUGAGCAAGGCGAUCAGGGUGCCAGACCCAAGCCAACGACUUCGCCCGUCCGUUUUACCAGGCAGACACUGAAGCGAGUCAACACAAGUUCCGAGCUUACAAGGUCGUUCGAGCUGGUGUCCAUCAAGGAAGAGAAGAAACCGACGUUGGCCGAAAAGUUCGCGUUCGAGGGACUGAACUGUGAGGAUCUUCCAUCGGCAUUCGACUCCGACGACGAAGAAGAAGACUACGACAUCCGACAUGCUCGCUGA